CUUCUGCUCUGACUGGGCGGGUGGUUGUCUUGGUGACUGCUCCCUAACGGUCUGGUGACCCCGAGAUACUUGUAGAGGGUUUGCAGCCCUGAAGACGCCCGUGGUUCCUCCAAGUGUCCGAGAUCCUUCCAGAUUUAACUGCUUCUGUACAAACUUACACGGACAAAAUCAGAGUCAUUCUCUCCUGGAGCUUGGAGUUCUUGAAGAUUGAUCCAGAAUAAUAAAAUGUCUCGAAAAAUGCCCAAGGAGUCAAAAAAAGUAAACAUUUCUAGUUCUCUGGAGUCUGAAGAUAUUAGUUUGGAAACAACCAUUCAUACAGAUGACAUUUCCUCAUCAGAAGAGCGAGAGGGUAAAGUCAAAAUCACCAGGCAAUUAAUUGAAAGAAAAGAAAUGCUUCAUAAUAUUCAGCUACUGAAAAUCGAGCUAUCCCAAAAAAAUAUGAUGAUCGACAAUUUGAAAAUGGAUUAUCUUACAAAGAUUGAAGAGUUGGAGGAAAAACUUAAUGAUGCCCUUCACCAGAAGCAGCUGCUAACUUUGAGAUUAGACAAUCAGUUGACUAUUCAACAGAAGGAUGCCAAGAAAUAUCAAGAACUAAUGAAACAAGAAAUGGAAACCAUUUUAUUGAGACAGAAACAACUGGAAGAGACAAAUCAUCAGCUAAGAGAGAAAGCUGGAGAUGUCCGUCGAAACCUGCGUGACUUGGAGCCGACGGAAGAGCAGUAUGUGAAGCUAAAAUCCUUUCCUGAAGACCAGCUUUCUAUCCCUGAAUAUGUGUCUAUUCGGUUCUAUGAGCUAGUCAAUCCAUUAAGAAAAGAAAUCUAUGAACUACAAGUGAAAAAGAAUGAACUGUCUGAAGAACUCAGCACAAACAAAAGCCAACUGAAGCAGCUGACAGAGACAUAUGAGGAAGAUCGAAGAAACAACUCGGAACUUCAAAUCCGAUGUCAGCGCCUGGCCUUGGAAUUGGCAGACACCAAACAGUUAGUUCAGCAAGGCGACUACCGUCAAGAGAACUAUGACAAAGUCAAGAGUGAACGCGAUGCUCUUGAACAGGAAGUACUUGAAGUUCGGAGAAAACAUGAAAUACUUGAAGCCUCUCACAUAGCUCAGGCUAAAGAAAGAAGUGAAUUAUCAAAAGAGGUAACCACCUUGCAACAGACAGUCACCCUCCUGCAGAAGGAUAAAGAGUACCUCAAUCGCCAAAACAUGGAGCUCAGCGUACGCUGUGCGCACGAGGAGGAUCGCCUGGAGAGGCUGCAGGGGCAGCUGGAGGGGAGCAAGAAGGCUAGAGAAGAUAUGUACGAGAAAUACGUGUCAUCCAGAGACCAUUAUAAAACAGAAUAUGAAAAUAAACUACAUGAUGAACUGGAACAAAUCAGAUUGAAAACUAAUCUGGAAAUUGAGCAGCUUCGAAAUGCCUCUAGGGAAAUGUAUGAACGAGAAAACAGAAAUCUUCGAGAAGCCAGGGAUAAUGCUCUCGCUGAAAAGAACCGAGCAGUGACAGCCGAAAAAGAUGCUCUAGAAAAGCAUGAGCAGCUCCUUGACAGCAAUGACAGGAUUGUGGGAUGGAGUUUGGCGUGCGGCGAAGCACAAAUACCGUACAGAGAGCUCCAGCUUAGCGCCGAAAGCAAAGUAUCGGAAUUUCUCCAUCAGAGUAAGUUGAAGGCCUUCGAGAGUGAACGCGUUCAACUCCUGCAGGAGGAAACUGCAAGAAACCUCACACAGUGCCAGAUGGAAUGUGAAAAGUAUCAGAAGAAAUUGGAGGUUUUAACUAAAGAAUUUUAUAAUCUCCAAAGCUCUUCUGAAAAACGCAUUACUGAACUCGAAGCGCAGAACUCUGAUCAUCAGGCAAGGUUAGACAUUUACGAGAAAUUGGAAAAAGAGCUUGACGAAAUAAUAAUGCAGACAGCAGAAAUUGAAAAUGAAGAUGAGGCUGAGAGGAUUCUUUAUUCCUAUGGCUAUGGUGCUAAUGUUCCCACAACAGCUAAGAGACGACUACAGCAAAGCGUCCACUUGGCAAGAAGAGUUCUUCAGUUAGAAAAACAAAAUUCAUUAAUUUUAAAAGAUCUGGACCAUCAAAAGGACCAAGUAAGACAGCUUUCCCAAGAGCGUGACAGAGCCAAUUCACUGCUAAAUCAGACUCAGCAACCCUACAGAUACCUCAUAGAGUCUGUGCGGCAGAGGGAUUCCAAGAUUGAUUCACUGAUGAAGUGUACAGCUCAACUUGAGAAAGACAUCAGCAAUCUAAAUAAAGAAAAGUCAGCCCUGCUGCAGACAAAGAAUCAAAUGGCACUGGAUCUGGAGCAGCUUCUAAACCACCGAGAGGAAUUUGCGGCCAUGAAACAGAUCAUCACUAAUAUGUGUAGUAAACAUUCUGAGAACAACUUACUUCUUUCUAAAGUGGAAUCAAAAGGUGUUACAGAAAAUCAAGCAUCAAAGAUUCUGAACAUGCCAAGAGAACAUGAAGACAAUGUGUUUAUACCCAAGCCAACGCUAUUUACUAAAACAGAUGCACAAGGAUGGUCCAAGAAUCAAAAGAUGAAGGCCUAGUGUUUGGUGCUGGAAAAAGCCAGAAUGUAACCCUAACCUAGCCAGGCCCUUCCCUCCACACUGCACCCCCAGCCAGGCCCCUCCCUCCACACCAUGCCCCCAGCCAGGCCCCUCCCUCAGCACCACGCCCUCAGCCAGGCCCCUCCCUCCACACCAUGCCCCCAUCCAGGCCCCUCCCUCCACACCACGCCCCCAGCCAGGCCCCUGCUUUGGAGUAGAGUGUGUACUCCAGAACUCCAGAAGCGCUGUCUCUGUUGGAGGAGAAACGUUCAUUUUAAUCAUGUACUUGACAUUUUCAAAUAUAAGUAACUUAAUGUUUAUUUUAACUAAUGUUAAAUUAACAAAUUUCAGUAUAAUCAAUAUAUAAAGUACAAAUAGUCACAUGCUUUAUAUUUUGGUUUUAUGUAUUUUGUUAUAAAAUAAAUGCCUUCUAU